AUGCCUCGGAGGCAGAAGAGUAAGUGCCAUGCCCGGGUGAAACGCCGCCAGACCCGGGGCGAGACCCAGAGUCUCAAGGGUGCCGAGGCCGCUCCUGCCGCUGCAGCAGCAGAAGAGGAGUCCCCCUCCUCCCCCUCUUCUGUCUCUCAGGGUGCUCCCCCGAGCUCCCCUGCUGCUGGCACUCGCCAGCGGCCUCAGGCAGGCCGAGCCCCUAGCUCUCCUGAAGCGGGGGUUUCACGCCCAGGAGCUGAAGCAGGUGCCCAGAGCCAAGAUGAGAAUGGUGCCAGCGCCUCCCAGGCAGCCCCCUCCACUCAGAGCACUCGCAAAGAUCCCCUGACCAGGAAGGCCAGCAUGCUGGUGCAGUUCCUGCUGGAGAAGUACAAGAUGAAGGAGCCCAUCAUGCAGACAGCCCUGCUGAAGAUCAUCAACAAGAAGUACAAGGAGCACUUCCCUGAGAUCCUCCGCAGAGCCUCUGAGCGCAUGGAGCUGAUCUUUGGCCUUGAGCUGAAGGAAGUCAACCGCAGCAGUCACACCUACACCCUCGUCAGCAAGCUGAGCCUCCCCAGCGACGGGGGCCACGGGGGCCAGAGUGAUGAGAGGGGGCUGCCCAGGUCUGGUCUGCUGAUGACGCUCCUGGGCGUGAUCUUCAUGAAGGGCAACCGUGCCACCGAGGAGGAGGUCUGGGAAUUCCUCAACACGUUGGGGGUCUAUGCUGGGAGGAGGCACCUGAUCUUUGGGGAGCCCAGGAGGCUCAUCACCAAAGAUCUGGUGCAGCAGAAGUACCUCAAGUACCGCCAGGUGCCCCACAGUGAUCCUCCUCACCAUGAGUUCCUGUGGGGCCCGAGAGCCCACGCUGAAACCACCAAGAUGAAAGUGCUGGAGGUUCUGGCCAAGAUCAAUGAUACCGUCCCCAGUGCCUUCCCAAACCUGUAUGAGGAGGCUCUGAAAGAUGAGGAGGAGAGAGCAGGAGUGAGAGCCGAGGCCAGGGCUACAGCUCUUGCUGAGGCCAGGGCACCUUCCAGGGCCAAGUCCCGCAGCUCCACCCACAUCUAG